AUGCUGAUGCUUCCUCUGCUGCUCUUUCUGCUCAGCCUGUCGGAUCCCGUUAGUCCCCGGGCCCGCUGCUCCCCGGCCCAGGCCCCCUGCGACCCCCGGCAGCGGAGGGACGCCGGGGGCCGCGGAGGAGUGUACGAGCACCUCGGAGGAGCGCCGAGACGGAGGAAACUUUACUGUGCCACUAAAUAUCAUCUCCAGAUCCACCAGAACGGCAGGAUCGACGGAACUCUGGAGGAGAACAACCCGCUCAGCAUCAUGGAGAUCACCGCCGUGGACGUGGGCGUGGUGGCCAUUAAAGGGCUUUUCUCCGGCAGAUAUCUGGCCAUGAAUGAUAAAGGACGGCUCUACGCCUCGGAAGUCUUCAACCGAGAGUGUGAGUUUGUGGAGCGGAUCCACGAGCUGGGCUACAACACCUACGCAUCCCGACACCACUCCACGGAGCAGCCGCUGCCACCAGGGGGCGGCGGCAGCAGCAAGAGGCGAGCCAGCGCCAAGCGUCAGUGGUACGUUUCCAUCAACGGCAAAGGGCGGCCGCGGCGAGGCUUUAAAACUCGCAGCACGGACAAGGCGUCCCUCUUCCUGCCCCGCGUGCUGGGCAACAAGGACCAUGAGAUGGUGAGGCAGCUAAGAGACAGUCAGAGUCACAGUCACGGCCAUCACCACGGCAACCGCAGAGACCGCCGGAGACGCAGACACCGGGCCAGGAAGGGCCGUCGGGGCGGAGGGGACUGA